AUUUAUAAUGAUAACAUUUAUAAUGAUAAUAAUAAAGAAGAAAAUCAUCAUCACAAUGUAAACAAUGAUGAUUUUAUUUAUAAUAAUUCUAAAAUGAACCAAUCACAAAAUAUGCAUCCUACAUUUAAUAGUAAUACAACAAAAAUAGUUGAUAAUAAACAUAUCAAAAAUAAAGAACCUAAUCAAAAGGAUAUUUUAUAUGAACAAGAAAAUAUUUCUAAUUCAUCUAUAUAUAUAAAUUCAUCAAAAAAACAAGAUCAUAUAAAAAGAAUUUAUUCAGAUAUUCAUACAUUAUAUCAAUUAGAAUUAAAAGAAUUACAUAAAAAAAAAAUUUAUAUUGAAGAAAUAAAUUCUAUGAAUAGUAACUUAUUUAAUUUAUUGAACAAAUUUGCAAAUAUGCUCAGAAAUAUUUAUCUUAAUAAAUAUAGUGUGGUCAUAAAAAAUGGAAACAAAAAAUUAAAUCUAUCUAAUUAUUAUUAUACAAAUAUAAAUCAAACAUAUAACAUAAAUGAUUUUUAUAAAAACGGAGAAAAUAUAUUAAAUACUAAUAAUUUCAAAAAUAUAAAUGAAGAUAUAUUCUAUAUAUAUCAAAAAAUAAAUCAGUAA